AGCUCAUUCUCUAUGCCGCCGCCUGCGGACCACUCGCAAAGUUCCUUCACGACAACAACUAUGUCGAAGAUCAAUUACAUUUCGGAUUUAUCCGGUUCAGCGCCCAUGCUAGCGGUCUUAUCACAUCUGUAUUUCUCGCAGCUACUAUCCUCGGUAUCUCUGGUUGGCGCAAGCGACGAGAUUUUCACUUGCACGGACGAUUGCUGUGGGUCCUGGUAUCUUUGAUCGCAGGUGCUGUAUCAAUCACAAGCACUGCAGUGCUACAAUGGAUUACAUCUGAUCACAGCAUGGCUCUACGGUUACCCUUUGAUUUCGACCUCGGCAGCCCAAGUCUUGCAUUGCUUCUGGUCACCGCUCUUGAAAUCGACAAUCAGGUUGCGCAACAUCGGCCAACCAUUACAUCGACUGAGCAAUGGCUUGCUUUCGCAGUAGCAUGUGCCUCGACGGUCGAUUGGGCGACCGUGCUGUUCAUGGACGGACUGUCCAUCUCCAGAGCAUUGAGACCUGCGCUCCAUUACGAGGCCGUGGAACAAGACGAGAAUCCAUAUUAGAAUGGAGCACGCCCGGACGUGCGUACUUUCGAUGUAGAGGAUUGUGGGAGAGAGUUGCAGGGAGCGUCGUGGCGGCGCCAGAUCUCCCUCGCUUGGCAGAGCUUUUUCGCCGGCUCAUUGCUACUGCUCAUUCUUUUCAGCGCAAUUCACAUGAAUCACCCGCACCAUGAUGCGCCCUCUCCGCGGCGAGGCCGAUCAAGCACAGGAGCGGAUCUGGAUGUGGUCAUCGCCUGGUAUGGACCAUGUGAUUAACACUGCAGCUUUGGCUUCUCAGCUCCGCACUACAAAGGAUCUCAGCGUCCGGACUGUCGUAUACAACAAAGGCACCUUGAACGAGACAGAAUUGCGGUCACGGUUUCCGGCAGAUCGUGAGCUCGUCAUUAGGAAUUUGGAUAAUGUCGGCAGGGAAGGUCAUACGUACCUGUCUCAUCUGCUUGGAGAUAGCAACGACUUCUCGCCGCACACAAUGUUCAUCCAAGCAGAGCCACGCGAGCACGGGUAUCUUCAGAGACGUCUGCAGGAUUAUUUGGUAUCAAACACCGGAUUCCUGUCACUGUCCUACGCUCGAAACUUCUGCUCCGAUUGUGAUAAGUGCAACGACCAUUCAGGUUGGCCCGUGGAUGGCAAUGUCCUACGUGACGUCUUCGAGCGCUCCAAUAACGGAACUAGUUGCGGCGACAUCAGCUUGACGCAUAGAGGACAGUUCGUCGUCUCGGAGGAACGAAUGAAGCAUUCAAGGUGCAAUGGCAUGGAGAUUGAGACUUGCCUACUGAGUGCUGGUCAUGUCGUCGUUGGAGGUCCCAUGACAUACGGAAAUGCAGCAUUAUUGAAGCAGAGGUCCCAGUCCGUUCCUCAUCAGUCAUUCGUAGUGAAGUCCAUAUGGUUCUACGUGUGUACCGAGCUACGGAGCGGCAAAUAGGAAGCUACGACAAAAGUGAGACUUCG